UUGUGCAGGCCAGGGGGCGGUGGCCGCGGCCGCGGGCGGACUCUUUUCUCUCCGACUGAGCGCGGGGCGGCGGGGGCGUCAUGUCGACCCCGGCCCGGAGGAGGCUGAUGCGGGACUUCAAGCGGUUGCAAGAGGACCCCCCAGUUGGUGUCAGCGGCGCGCCGUCGGAGAACAACAUCAUGCAGUGGAACGCAGUUAUCUUUGGGCCAGAAGGGACGCCUUUUGAGGAUGGUACCUUUAAGUUAGUAAUCGAAUUCUCCGAAGAGUACCCGAAUAAACCUCCCACUGUUAGGUUUUUAUCAAAGAUGUUUCAUCCAAAUGUGUAUGCUGACGGAAGCAUAUGUUUAGAUAUCCUCCAGAACCGCUGGAGCCCGACAUAUGAUGUGUCUUCUAUUUUAACAUCGAUUCAGUCUCUGCUGGACGAACCGAAUCCCAACAGCCCUGCCAACAGCCAGGCGGCCCAGCUUUAUCAGGAAAACAAACGGGAGUACGAAAAGAGAGUUUCAGCCAUUGUCGAACAAAGCUGGAAUGACUCUUAAUGGACAACCGACCGCUCUGCUCAUCUUCCUCAUCAUUGUGCAUAAUUUAACUCCCAGUAGAAUGGAAGGCCACCGGAAAUUUUAAGUGCCACAGGUUUAAGGGUUUGCAUACCUAGUGAGUCUGCAAAAAGAGGAUAAAAAAAGCCCUUCAUUUUAGAACCUUUAAAAGCUUGUGUAUCUUGAUUAGUGUACUUUUUAUUGCAUGGUCUGAACUAAGUUAUUGCUACAUAAAUUUGUAAUAUAUCCUGUUUGUAUUUUUUUUCCCAAGUGUAUAAUGUUGGUGUGGAGUUUUCAUGACAGAAUAUACACAUUUUGUAAAUCUGUACUUUUUUCAAAUAUUGAAUGCCUUAUUUUUGAAUUCUUUAGAUUUUUAAAUUGGAGAAAAGCACUUACAAGUUUUUUAUAUAUAAAUAUUACCUGUAAAACUGUUAAAUACAUAACUUCAGUGCAAAAGA